AUGUUUUCUCGUUCUCUACUGCUAACGCUCGCGAUAAUCUUAAGAAAAUGGGAACCUAGCCUUCAAAAUUUGAGUUUUGAUCUUUCAAGCUUACCUAUAUGGGUUCAUCUCUACAAUGUUCCCCUUGAGCUAUUCUCUAGAUUAGGACUCAGUUACAUAGGUAGUGCUAUCGGAAUUCCUCUUUCUAUGGAUACAGUUACUGCUUCUAAAACAUGCCUUGAAUACACCAAACUCUGUAUAGAAAUAAGAGCAAAAGAUACCAUCCCUGAACAAGUUAAAGUGGAGUUAAAGGAUGGAGUAAAGGUUCCAAUAAUGGUUAAAGUUCCAUGGAUGCCAGCUCGGUGCAAUUUCUGCAAAAUUUUUGGUCAUAAUGACAAGGGAUGUACGCAGUCGAAAAAUCAUGAUGCUACUAAAACUCAAUAUUGGAGGAAAAAGGAGAAAUCCUCGUGUGCUGACUCUGACCCUACUGUUGGGGGUAUUGAAACGCUUCAAGAGAACCCAUCACUCUCAUCGGAUAAAUCCAAAGAAGUAACUUCAACUGUUGUGGAACAUCUUAAAGGAAGAAAAGAACAAUACGAUGACCAACAAGAUCACUCUGUCUCAGCUGUAAAUGGUUCUCAAGCCAUUGCUAACGAUCAAAAUAAGGAAAAUACAGAGCAGUUUAAGAUUCCCCAAGACAACAUAGACUCUAAUGUGGAAACAUCCAAGAUAAUAUGUGAAGCUUCCUCUAUCAUUCCAACAAAAGGGCGAGGUAGGUCUCCCAAAGAAAAACUAAAAACUGAUAUUUCAGCCUCUACAAACAGAUUCCAGAUACUCAAUGAUUCUGAGGAUUUUCCUGCUGCAUUUGUGGAAAUCCAAAAGAAACCCCGAGCAGCUUCGAAAGGAGUUGUUGCAUUAGUUAAGGAGCUCAAGUCGAAAAAGAAAGAAAAACAAGAAAAGUCAAAAUGUGCUGAAGGUAGUGGAGGUGGUGACAAACCAGUAACCCCACCACAAUGA